AUGGAACCAACGUGCACUGCGGCGUUUUCAAGUCAGAGCAGCGGACGCACAGCCGCCAGCCCCAAUGAAUCAGCAAGGCUUGCAAUUCUUCCAACGAAUCAUCAACUUAUUCCAAAAUUGUCUGAAAUCAACGGUGUGGAUUCCGACUGUACUCCCACUACGUGGGAUGAUGCCAUUU